AUGGAAAUAAUAGGCGCAAAACCAAGUGUAAAUUUUAAUUUUUUUGAUGAAGAAACACAAAACAAUGAUAAUUUAAAUUAUUUGGAGAGUAAGAAUAAUUAUGAUAAAAGGGAAGAUCAGGAUUAUUUUUAUUCAAAUAGAAGAAUGUUUUUAGACAAAAACAGUGAAAAUAGAAGGAAAGAAUCACCUAGUAAAAAACCAGGUUUAUGUGUAGAUGAAAUUUGCACGUGUGGCUUUCAUAGAUGUCCUAAAAUAAUAAAACCUGUACCUUUCGAAGGUGAAAGUAACUAUAGAAGUGAAUUUGGACCUAAACCAUUGCCAGAAAUACAGCCAAGAAUAGAAAAUAAACCUCAUAGAACAUUGCCCUUCGAAGGAGAAAGUAACUAUAGAAGUGAAUUUGGCCCUAAACCAUUACCUGAAUUCCCACCAAGAGUUGAAACCAAAUUAGUGAGAUCGUUGCCUUUUGAAGGAGAAAGUUAUUAUCGAAGCGAGUUUGGACCCAAACCAUUACCUGAGUUACCACCAAGAAUUGUAACAAAAUUAGUGAAAUCGUUACCAUUUGAAGGAGAAAGCUAUUAUCGAAGCGAAUUUGGACCAAAACCAUUACCAGAAAUACAACCAAGAGUAGAAAAUAAACCUCAUAAAACGUUACCUUUUGAAGGAGAAAGUAACUAUAGAAGUGAAUUUGGACCUAAACCAUUACCAGAAAUACAACCAAGAGUAGAAAAUAAACCUCAUAGAACAUUACCUUUUGAAGGAGAAAGUAACUAUAGAAGUGAAUUUGGACCAAAGCCCUUACCUGAAUUACCACCAAGAGUUGAAACCAAAUUAGUGAAAUCGUUGCCUUUUGAAGGAGAAAGCCAUUAUAGAAGCGAGUUUGGACCAAAACCUUUACCUGAAAUGCAACCAAGAGUAGAAAAUAAACCUCAUAAAACAUUACCUUUUGAAGGAGAAAGUAACUAUAGAAGUGAAUUUGGGCCUAAACCAUUGCCAGAAAUACAGCCAAGAAUAGAAAAUAAACCUCAUAGAACAUUACCCUUUGAAGGAGAAAGUAACUAUAGAAGUGAAUACGUAAGAAAAGUUAUUCCUAUUUGUCCGGUAAAUUUAUUACCUAAAUACCCUACACCUACUUAUCCAUCUGAACAUAUAUUUUGGGAUGAUGUAACAAAAGCGUGGUAUUAA